AUGGGCGAAGGUCAAGAAUGGUCCUCCGGUUUCUGGGACUGCUGCUCCCCUUGCGGCACCUGCUUCCUCGGCUGCUGCUGCCCCUGCUGCCUACACGGCCGCACCAGCUCUCGUUUCGAAGACCCCACCCUGAAAGAUGAUAGCAUGAUGAACGGUGGUUGCUGCCUCUACUUCCUCCUCAGCUACUGCGGCUUCCACUUCAUCCCACUGAUGAUGAAGCGCGGUCAAAUCCGAGAGAAAUUCGGCCUAGAAGGGUCCGGAUGCGGGGAUUGUAUGCGGGCGUGCUGCUGCCCGUGCUGCACGCUCAUGCAGCAUGAGAAGGAGUUGGAGAGUCGGGCGGCGUUGUUGGAGGGCGGUGCUGGUGCGCAGCAGGGGUAUAAGGCUCCCGGGGGCAUGCAGUAUGCUUAA